AUGCCAGGCGAACUCCAAGAUAUUAAUGAUUAUAUAAAGGAGUCUAAAAGAGGGCGGGACGAGCAUAAUAUACAAGGAGUGGUACCAAUCUUGGAUAUUAGUGCAGCACUUGAUAAGGAAAGAAGACCUCAACUUCUCAAAGAUCUCAAGCGUGCAUUAUUUGAUAUCGGAUUCUUCUAUGUUAAAAACCCACCAUCUAAAAAGAUUCCUAGCAUCUUUCAUGAUUUGAAAGAGGAAUCAUGGAAUUUUUUCAACCUCCCAAAGGAGAAAAAGUCAGAGAUCUCAAUGGAAAAUUCUAAACACUUUUUGGGUUAUAACGACGUAGGUGAUGAAUUAACAGCAAAACACAUUGACUGGAGAGAACAGGUUGAAUUCGGUACGGAGCUUCCAGAACCGGUCAUAAAUUCAGAUGAUGAACUAUGGAAGAACAUCGAAGGUCCAAACUUGUGGCCUGACAAGCAAUUGGUACCAAACUUUCGGUCCACCAUAGAAGACUACAUGAGCGAACUGGAAACUCUUAGUAAGCUCUUGAUUGACUUGAUAAAAGAAUCGUUGAAUCUUCCGGAAGCAGUUUUUGACAAAUAUUUCAAAGAGAAACAGCAGUGCAAAAUGAAGAUCAUUAGAUACCCUGACCUCUUGAAACUGAAAAAUGAUUUGGAAGGUAUUCGGAGCCAUUUACUGCAAUCUUUAAUAGACUUAAAACAGGGUGUGGGAGAGCACCGAGACAACGAUUUUUUAACUAUCAUUUACCAGGCUACGAAUCAUACUUCUCUUCAGGUUCAGACAUUCGAAGGUGAAUGGGUCAAUGUUCCUCCAAUAAAGGAUACUUUCGUCGUCAAUGCAGGUCAAACUCUAGAAUACAUUACUAAUGGGGUUUGCGUUGCGACAGUACAUAGGGUAUUGACUCCUAUUCCAGGUGAAGGAGACAGAUUGUCAAUUGCUUUUUUCCAAACGGUUGAUGUGUCGAGUUACAAAUCAAAAAUCGAAAUACCAGAAGAGAUUCAGAAAGAAGCGGAUAUUCGUGACUCUCGUCGUACGAAAGAAGACAUUAGCUUUCAAUUUCCUCAGGCAAAUGCAAAGCCAUUGGGAUACUCUAUAUUUUUGAAUAGGAUAAAAUCGCAUCCUAAAGUCGGGGCUAAAUGGUACCCUGAUACGUUGAAAUACGUCCAAAAACAACUCGAAAAAGCAUAG